AUGGGUCGUGUCAGGACGAAGACGGUCAAGAAGUCGGCCAAGGUCAUCAUCGAGCGCUACUACCCCAAGCUCACCCUCGACUUCGAGACCAACAAGCGCAUCUGCGAUGAGAUUGCCGUGAUUGCUAGUAAGAGGUUGAGGAAUAAGAUCGCCGGCUACACCACGCACUUGAUGAAGCGCAUCCAACGUGGCCCCGUCCGCGGCAUCUCCUUCAAGCUGCAAGAGGAGGAGCGUGAGAGGAAGGAUCAGUAUGUGCCUGAGGUGUCGGCGCUGGACUUCACACAGAACUCGGAGAGUGGCAUGUUGGAUGUGGAUCAGGAGACCAAGGACUUGCUGAAGUCUAUGGGCUUCGACAGCAUCCCCGUCAACGUCGUCGCCGUCCAGCAGCAGCAGGUUGCUGAGCGCCCUCGUCGUUUCGGCGACAGGCCGCCUCGUCAGUAA